AUGGCAGACUUGGAGACAGCAGAAAUGAAGAAGACGAACGGCGAGAAUAUCGCCGUUCACCAGGAAGCUGAACCCCGUACUGAAAGCAACCAGCAUGCUGAAGAAAAUACAAUCGACCCAAGGAAUGAAGUGAAAGGAACUAGAUUGAUACCAAUAUUUACUGCAGUUUGCAUGUUCACAUUUCUUGUCGGUCUUGACCUAAACAUGAUAGCAACUGCUAUUCCUAUAAUCACCGACCACUUCAACUCCAUCACGGAUGUAGGGUGGUAUGGAUCAUCAUUCAUGUUAGCCUUAUGCUCUGCCCAACCGCUCGCAGGUAAAACCUACGUUCUUAUCCUAGAGAUCGGCAGUCUCGUCUGCGCAUUAGCUCCCACAUCCAGAGCGCUUAUCGUAGGCCGCGCUAUAGCUGGCCUAGGCGCAUCAGGGAUCUUCGCGGGUGGUUUCGUCGUGGCAACUACCAUAAUACCGCUUCGAAAGCGCGCCAUCUUCACCGGUACUAUCAGCUCUACCUUCGCCGUGGCGAGUGUCAUUGGCCCCUUAAUCGGCGGCGCUCUAACCGAGCACGCUACCUGGCGAUGGUGUUUCUACAUUAACCUGCCUAUUGGCGGGUUCGCCGCCUUUCUCUUCUUACUAUUCUUCCGUAUCCAUUCCGACGCGAGCGAAAAACUGGCUCUCGGAGAUAAACUCAGGGGCCUCGAUGGAAUCGGGUUCUUGCUGUUCGCCGGUUCCACGACGAUGCUGCUUCUUGCGCUCCAAUGGGGUGGCGUCACGUACGCUUGGAACUCGUCUAUCAUAAUCGGUCUGUUCGUAGGGUGCGGCGUUGCUUUUGCGACUUUCGUCGCGUGGCAGAUUUACAUGAAGGAUGAUGCUCUAAUCCCCCCUCGCUUGUUCACGGUACAUCGGAACGCCUGGCUCAUCUGCGCAAGCUCGUUUUUCGUAAACGGCCCAUUCCAAGUUAUUAGCGGUGUCAACUAUUUUCCGACCGUAAUUGCCGAUGCGGUAGCCGCCUUCGUUGGCGCUGGAGUGAUUGUACAGGCCGUGGGAUGGUGGAAUCCAUUCCUUCUACUUGCUGAGGCGUUGGUGUGUAUAGGCGGAGGUCUUCUGUCUACGAUUUACCAAGAGAUCUCUAGUGGUCAUUGGAUUGGUUAUCAGAUUCUUACUGGCUUCGGGUUCUCUUUAGCUGGCAAUCUCGCCCAUCUUGGCAUGCAGGCGUCCCUACCAAUGGAACUUGUACCCCUCGGCGCAACCACCCUUCUCGCCAUUAUUUCAACCAGCUGUGCCAUAUUCACAGCUGUAGGACAGACCAUAUUCCAAAAGCGGCUGAUGGCCAAUUUGUCAGCCGUCGUAUCGCCUGAAGCUAUACAAGAUAUUAUUUCCACUGGUGCUACUAACCUUAACUCUGUCGUUGACUCUUCUUUGUUACCAACAGUAAUCCGAGAGUACGGGAAGUCUAUCACAGAAGUAUUCUAUUUACCUGCUGGAGCACCUGUCAUUUCGUUUGUGUUCGUGGCCUUCACAAAGUGGACAUCCACUAAGAAGAAAUCAACGCCUACGACGGAUGAGGGUGAAGAUGCGCAUAAAUAACUUGCGCGCCCAUUCUAAAAACGGACACCGCAUUAUAACUGUCACGGCCAGGAGCCACUCAUUUAUCCAGCCUCGCUAGAUAGCUUCUCGACUCCUUCCCUAACUGAGUACCUGAGUCAGGAUUUCAUUAUUUUAUUGAUGCAUAUUAGGCAGUCUUGCAUCUCGCGCUGCAAGGCCUUCGAUGUUUUGGUUCUCCAGAAAAUCAUCGUCGUUAGUAGCCAUAUUUGGUUUCGUGGUAGUAACUUUAUUGCAACGGUACUUGAUACAUAUCUGUAAAUAUUGGAGUGACCAUACAUGCAUACAUGUAGAAUGUGAGAGAUGUAUGGUUACCUGUUACAGCUGAUUAUUAACCUUUUUAAUACGAGCUUCCAGUUAGUUAUUUUGAUUCUGGAUUUGAAAUAUCUAGAAUAACAGUUGAUGACGAACAUAACUAUCCCAGGACGUUUCCAUCUUUCUACUCUGAUAUAUCAGUAACGCGAUCACAUUUCAAGGAUCG